AUGCCACAGCAAGACCAGAAGUGGGUGUUGGAAGCACUUUUAAGGGUUGGUGCAAAGGGAAAGCUGGAGCUGCGUGAAAACCUACAAACCAGCUACCUGUCCUGGAGUCAUGCUGUGCUGCAGCAGUUGGACCUGGCCCAUCGAGCUGAAUCCAGGGUCAUCCUCACACGCAAGUAUGCCUGUGACAUUCGGGUUCUUCGCUUGCUGCGUGAGAGGGGCAUGGGGAAUGGCCCAGUGAGGAUCAUCGGCCAGCUGAGAGAGAACCACAGUGAGGAGUGGUUGAAACGUGCGCUUCGGUACACAUCAGAGUGUGUGGCCUUUUUUGAUAAUCGUGGCCUGCAUCCGCUGCACUUCCAGGAGCCACCACCACUUGCUUCAGUACCCAGCUACAAAUGGCUCCUCACUGUAUACAGUCAGGACAUUCUCAACAGGCUCGAUCACAUAAAGGCCAGCAUAACAUCCACGUAUGGAUCAAUCUUAAAAAUGGAUUCAACUAAGAAGAUCACCAAGAAGUUGAGCGGGCCUGCGAAAGGCACAGCACAGUGGCUUACCUCAGUGGGCAAUGAGAUAGGUCAGGUGCUGAUGAGUGUCCUGACUGCGAAUGAAGGGGCUGGGUUAGACCUCAUGGCUGCAGGGCUCAUGGAGCGAUACCGGAGUGCUGGUGUUGAUCCUCCCACUAUCAUUUAUGUGGACUGUGAUUGUUGCAAGAAAGUGGGAAAGACUAAAUUGAAGAGGCGGUUCAGCGGCUGGCCAGAUGUCAUCGUCCGCCUAGACAUUCGGCAUUUUAUACGACGUCUGGCAGUAGGGUGCACCACUGACGCCCACCAGUUGUACCCUACUUUUUUUGCAAGGCUGUCAUCCUGUAUUUUUGAGUGGGAUGCAGGGGACCUCACUCUGCUGAGACGGGCCAAAAGGGAGCAACUCAUCAAACAGGGCUGGCCUACACUGACGGAGGCAGAACUGGACCAUCAUUUAACUAAAGCUGAGCUGCUCCAGCACUGCAGGAGGAGAACACGGGGAGAAGAAACCACUUUCCGCCUCCUUGAUAUGCUCAUCAUAGAGCUCAUGGGUGGCAAGGGGAAUGAUGCUCUUGGUGUUCCUCUACUUGACAGUGUGAGAAUGCAGCACAUCUGGAAUGUCCAGAGGCGGCACGUCACCUGUAUCCAAGACCCUCCUAAUGUGCCGCUCUAUACUGAAACUGGAACUACAAACAAGGGUGGGGUGGUUCUAAAAACCUAUCGUUGUGCCAGAGGCUCCACAUCCCUGGAAUCCUUUCACUGCCACCUAAGCAGAUUUAUUCCAGGGAACAGCGCAAACAGCCUGAACUUCCAGAUUUAUCUCCUGGAAGGUUUAUUACGCUGGAAUCAGGACCGGGCUGAAGCUGCUGUUGCAGAUGGAGGUUCAACUCUGCGCUCUUACACAUGGGAGCUGGUUUCCUCUGUCAAUAAGAACUACAAUAAGUUGUAUGGCAGGAAAUUGGUCCCUAGCUUCACUCCACCUGCAGUAUACACAGGGGAGCUCAUUGGAGUACAGUACUUGUUGAGGCAGAAUAGUCAGCCCCUGGAGGACAUGUGCCCUACCUCUGAUAGGACCUCUCAAUUGCUGGAGGAGAUAGAUGUGGAGGAGCAAGUGGAAAAGGAUAAGGGCUUCAUUGAUUUCUUUGGAGAGGAAGCCACAGUGGCAAAUCUUGUGGCAUCAGAUGACUUAGUCCUUUCAGGUCCACCAGUUCUACCAGCUGCACCAGUGCCCAGUGUCCAGGCUCCUACAGCUGCACCACUGCCCAGUGUCCAGACUCCACCACUGCACAGUGUCCAGACUCCACCACUGCCCAGUGUCCAAACUCCACCACUGCACAGUGUCCAAACUCCACCACUGCACAGUGUCCAGACUCCACCACUGCACAGCAUCCAAACUCCAUGUCCAAACUCCACCACUGCACAGUGUCCAGACUCCACCACUCCCAACUGUCCAGACUCUACCACUGCACAGUGUCAGUGUUAA